UCGAGAUAACUCGUAUGUUUUUAGUUCGGUAUCAAAUGUGCGCAGUGUUUACAAUAGUGUUGCUUUUGAUGUUAUAAAUCAUACCAAUACCUAGUGACCUGUGACUGUGCAGAUAAUUUUAUGCUAUUAUACUGUUUGGUUAAUAAAAGUGGUGCCCAAGGAGAAGACAACUACGCCAAUCUUUGAGCUCAGCUCGGGAUAUGUGGUUAGGCGAGUAACAUCGCUGGCCGUGAUGAGGCGUGGGUGCGACUGGGUCGCGUGGCCGCUAGUAGCCAGCGGCCUUUUGCUUUUCUGCAAUCACGCAUACGCCAUUGAUAUGAUUGCGCCUGGAAUAUGCCCUUCUAUAGACAUCCGCAAUAAUCCAGAUCACAUGCAGAAGCUGCAAGACUGCCGAGUGAUUGAGGGUCACCUCAACAUAGUUCUUAUGGAGCGCGCCACGCCGCUAUCUUUCGCAAAUUACACAUUUCCGAAUCUACGGGAAGUCACCGGAUACAUAUUGAUAUACAGAUUACGGGGUGUACGGAAUCUUGGUGAACUGUUUCCUAAUCUCGCCGUGAUACGAGGCUUGCAGCUAUUCAAGGACUAUGCCCUCGUCAUCUUUGAUAAUGAAGGUCUUGAGUCUUUGGGCCUUCGUUCUCUUACUCGGAUCGAAAGAGGAGCUGUCCGGAUUCAGAAUAAUGAUAGACUCUGCUACAUAAACACUAUUGAUUGGUCAAAAAUAGUGAUCGACGGAAGUAAUAAUAUUAUCAGGUCGAACUACGACACUCGCCUGUGUGGACUUUGCCCCAACGCACAAAGUCGGUUAGAGGACCAUAGGCAGCAACACUUGCAGUGUCCUGCAGAUCCAUCUGGCCAUCUUCUCUGUUGGGAUGAAAAAUAUUGUCAAAGGAGAGAGUGCCCAAGCUCUUGUGGAGAGCGGGCUUGCACAGAAAAUGGUACCUGCUGCAACGUGACCUGUCUGGGCGGUUGUGAUGGUCCCCAGCCAAGCGAUUGUCACGUUUGUGCGAAUUUUUCUUUUCGUUAUGGUGCAGAACGAACCUGCGUGGAACGGUGUCCUGCAAACACUUAUCAGUUGGCGCGACGUUGCGUAUCAGAGGAAGAAUGCCGGUCUAUGCCAAUACCACAAGCCAUGGAUGGUCGAAGCCAGCCAAAUAUCAAGGCGUACAAGAUAUUGGAAAACAACAAAUGUGUUUACACGUGUCCCAGCGGGUAUAUGGAGACAGGGGAGCCGCACAAUUCACUAUGUAAGCCGUGUCCUGUCACUGGAUGUAAACAGGACUGCGAAGGAGGGAAAAUUGAUAGCGUCGCAUCAGCUGAGAAGUUUCGCGGCUGUACCCACAUACGAGGUGGCCUGGAGAUCGCGUUACGGGCCAGUGGAGGUAAUACAAUGGCGGUAUUGGAAAACGCUCUUGGCGCGAUUCGCGAGAUUGACGGGGCGUUAAGAGUAGUGCGCUCUUAUCCACUCGUAUCGCUCAUGUUCCUCAAGAAUCUAGAACGAAUUGGCAGAAGUAUCACCGACAAGGGACAAAGCCUACACAUCUUCAACAACCUAAACCUUGAACUGCUAUGGGAUUGGAGCACUGGCAAGAAAAUACAAAUAAUGUCAGGCCGACUUUUCAUACAUUUUAAUCCUAAGCUCUGCUUUAGCCAAAUAGAAAUGCUCAAGAAUAUGACGUUGAGCCCAAUGACAACAUUCACUGAUCUUGACGUUUCCAAAGACAACAACGGAGACCAGGCUUCUUGUUUCCAAGACUCGCUUCAUCUGAAGGUCUCUUCUCUGGUGAAGGGUGUGGCGAUACUAACUUGGGACAUGUAUUGUUCGGAAGAUACUCGCAAGUUAAUCGGAUACUCCAUUUACUACAUACAAGCGGAACAUAACGUCACAUUCUAUGGACAGAGAGACGCGUGUUCGGAUACCUGGAACGUUAUCGAUAUAACGAUUGACGAGGCCCGUAAUUCAACAAGACCGUUGCCGACUAACAAAAAGAAACUAUUAGAAAACCCUUGUAAUGAAGUCCAGCCUCUCUUCCACCCACUCACACCACUACAGCCGUUUACUCGAUACGCGGCCUACGUAAAAACGUACACGACAAGGGACAGAAAAGGCGCACAAAGUCCUAUCAUAUACUUCACUACUAUGCCGGGAAAUCCUAGCCCACCUCGUAGUGUCACAGUAGAGAAUCUUCGAGAACAUGCGACUAUUAUUAAAUGGCAGGCGCCGCUGAUGCCGAAUGGCACGAUCGAGUCGUACCGAAUAGAAGUACAGGCCAACGCGUACAACCAGCACAAGAUAUUAACUGACAAUCUUAACUACUGUAGCAAUCCAACUGCAUUAGCCAAUAUGAUAGCGGUUCGCGGGGAGGAACCGGUCGAGAAGAAGGAGGACCGAGUGACUGGUGACGUCAAGAGCGAGACAUGCGCGUGUAAAGAGGAUAACAAACCCAUUGUACGCUUCAACACCGAGGCCGAAGAAGAAAGAGUCGAGAGUAUCGACUUUGAAAAUGAACUGCAGAACCAUGUGUAUGUGAAGCAAGGAAGCCGCUCAAGUCAAUCCAGUGCGAGUCGUGUGCGCCGGUCGAUAGACACAUCAGUGAACAGCAUGCUAGUCAUUCUCAGCGAAAUACACGAACCGCGUCUCGGAUACAACUACACCAACGAAACUGAUGGAGGCUACGUGAAGUCCCUGUACUAUGAGGUGGGUGGGAAUCAGCGGUCGAUAUUCGUGGAAAACCUUCGCCACUUCACAUGGUAUACCGUCAACAUAUGGGCGUGUCGUAAGAAGCACGACAACGAAACAGUCGACGAUUACAAUGAGUCGUGGUGUUCAGAGCGGGCAUUCUACAAUUUCCGCACUUUAGAACAACUAAAUGCCGAUAUCGUAAGCAAUGUGCGUGCUGAGAUGGUUAUGUCCAAUAAAACGCUUCCCGAAGUGAACGUGACGUGGACACCUCCAGACGACCCUAAUGGCUUUGUCGUGGCCUACAACGUCUAUCAUUCCAGGGUCGCGGAUAAUAGCCCGGAACAGUUGGAUAUUGGAUUGACAAGCUGUAUCCGAUCUGAUGAUUACGAGAGAAAUGGGCGGAGCUUCGUCAUACGAGCCUUAGUGUCUGGCAACUACAGUAUACGCGUCACACCACUUACUGUUAGUGGAGCUGGGAAUGUCUCUUCGGACGUAUACAUUUUUAUACCGGACGCACGUGCAGAUAGUGGUUACGACUGGGUAUGGGGGGUGGUGGGGGGUUGCGCUGUUGUGGUGUGUGCUGCCGCAUUGGGCACUUGGUACGCCCGUCGCGCUCUACACACGCAGGACAACAAUAAGCUGUUCGCGCGAGUCAACCCAGAGUACGUGUCGACCGUGUACGUACCCGAUGAGUGGGAGGUGCCACGAUCGAGUAUCGAAUGUAUACGCGAACUCGGACAGGGCUCGUUUGGAAUGGUGUAUGAAGGUAUCGCCAAAAACUUAGAAAAGGGCAAACCGGAGACUCGGUGCGCUGUGAAAACUGUCAAUGAACAUGCCACUGACAGGGAGCGCAUCGAGUUCCUAAACGAGGCUUCAGUGAUGAAGGCGUUCGACACUUUCCACGUGGUACGUCUCCUGGGCGUGGUCUCUCGAGGACAGCCGACUUUGGUUGUAAUGGAACUGAUGGAGCAGGGAGACCUCAAAACGUACCUCCGCUCGCACAGGCCUGAUGCGGAUUCUUCUUUACCCAGGAAGGGACCCGCACCAAGUCCGCCAACUUUGCAGAAUAUACUGCAGAUGGCUAUAGAAAUAGCCGACGGUAUGGCUUAUUUAUCGGCCAAAAAGUUUGUGCACCGUGACCUAGCGGCGCGCAAUUGCAUGGUCGCCGGGGACCUCACUGUCAAAGUAGGGGACUUCGGAAUGACCAGAGACAUUUAUGAGACUGAUUACUAUAGGAAGGGCACGAAGGGACUCCUGCCCGUUCGUUGGAUGAGCCCUGAAAGCUUAAAGGAUGGGGUGUUCUCAAGUAACACUGAUGCAUGGAGUUAUGGUGUAGUUUUAUGGGAAAUGGCGACACUUGCUAUGCAGCCCUAUCAGGGUCUGUCGAACGAGCAAGUGGUCCGUUACGUGGUAGAAGGGGGAGUAAUGGAGCGUCCGGAGCACUGCCCGGACCGUCUGUACGAGCUGAUGAGAGCCUGUUGGGCCCACAGACCCACAGCGAGACCCAGCUUCCUCCAACUGGUGGCGGAACUGGCCCCCUCAGCCCAGCCCUACUUCCGGCAUAGGUCCUUCUAUCAUACGCCACAGGGACAGGAGAUGUACGCAAUGCAGAGGACUGCUGCAGAAGAUGAUACCGAGGUGCAGGAAAUGAACGUGGGCGCUGUAGCGAGCGGGUCCGGGUCGAACCUGUUCGGGGUGUCGGGACGCCUGGCGUCGUGGGUGCGCGAGCUGUCGUCUCUGCGGUCGCGAACUUCGGACGACGCGGCGGCGGAGCCCCUGCAGCCCAUUCAGCCGCCCAACGGCACUCUGCCCCGGCCUCCUCCCUGUUAGCGAAACCCAUAUCCGUCCACCGUAUGUUGACGUUUGCAUUUCACGACUAUCUCGAGAAAAUUUUAAUGUCGAUUCGAGAAACGUAAACGACAUCUAUGGUUAACAUUUUAUUACUCCUGUUGACGUAUACAUUCUUGUUACUAUGCAAAAUAAUCGAAUUUCUUACAAAGUCUGAAAAUUGUGAAAUGCAAGUGUAGUGAGACGUUGCGGUGGAACGCUGAUGUGGAGUGACGUCAUGAGCGACCGCGCGUCGCGAUUUAUCUACCUCAAGCCGUAGGUCGGCUCUUCGAAUCAUAGCUGUAAGCGUAGCUAGUUAAUUUCGUUUCGAUCGCCGCGUUGUUUUAUUUAUUUUACUUUACUGCGAGACAUUCUCACACCUGCGCAUCCCACUGGCAGCCGCAUAUUUCGAUAAGAAACGACAAUUCUUCCGAUAAUGCACAUAAUAGUACAAUCCGCCGUGUGAGAGUGCCUCUUGCUCCGAUAUACAAAUAUAUAUUUGUUCGAAAGCCGUUUUGGCUUAGUUUGGUCGUUUGCCUUGCACGACGUGUCCAGCGAGCGGGACUAGUAGUGUAACCCGAUCGGCAAGUUAGUAAUUUUCUCUGCAUUUAUAGUUAUUUAUUGCGCAGAGGUGCGCAUAGCAGAUGACGAAGUAGAGUAUUAAAGGCAGAGUAAAGGCGUCGUGCAGUUAGUUCCAUAUCAGGGCCUGCGCGUGACGUCCGCCGCCCAAUGAUGAAUCCUAUAUAGUUUACCUCAGUAACAUAGUUGUAUCCAUGUCGUUUAUGACGCAGCCUAUUAUCGUUAAGUUAUCGUAUAAGUUGUAAAUGUAAAAAUUACAUAAUUUUACUACAUAAGAUCGUGUACAAAUUAUUAUUAUUUCGUUUAUAUUUAACGUUUCCGCAUAGUGCGUCCACGUGAAGUGGCAAUAUUGUUGGUCAUAUUGUUUUAGUGUGUGUGUGUUGUCCAAGUCACGGAGCAUGGUCACGCGACCACUUCUCGCUCCUUGACUUUAAUACUGCGCAUUGCCGGGAGAACUCGCAGAUUAUUUAGAAUCCAAAACAUUUUAUUCGCUAAGUUCAUCGCCGCGCCCGUUAAUAUUGUACCUUUAUUCGAUAUAUUUCCGAGAUUAAAAAUUGUAUUUAGCAAUAUAUUUUAUACACAUUAAAGGAACAGAUAGUCGGAACGGAGUAGUUUUUUCCCAUACACAAACGCUAGAAAAAAGUGUGCUGGUUCUGGCAAUGCACGGAGCAUAAGAAACAUUAAAUGAUUAUUAUAUGUUGUAUACAAUAAUUCGAUCUGGCAGCCUAAUUCAUUUAAGUAUGAACUAAAAUUGAUACAUACUCUUCAUAACAGAUUAUAUAUAAACUUGUUCCAAAGACUAUUUCCAAGAUUAGUCUACAGGCUACAAUAAAACUACUGAAUUCUCAAAGGUAGAUCCUGUGUGGGUGGUCCAAAGUUAUUAGUUGAUGUUUGAUUUAGAUUUAUCACGUCAUAGAUGAACUAUGUAGGGCUCUUGUAAUUUACUAUCUAAAAUACUUCCAUGUUGUACAUUUGUCGAAAUAGUCUUUGUAACUAGUGCUUUUACGGACUCGUACGUGGUUUUCCGCUAACAAGCCAACACAAACUGGCGGUAAGGAACACAGACUGUGGACACAGAAUCUUUUCGUCUCACUAUGGCAGACAUGUGGACAAGCUCAUGGUGCGUUGAAUUCAUAAUAUAAAUUACAUUUCACAAAUCUGAUUAUUCAACCAAAGACUUAUUUGGAAACGCCAAAUUAAUGUAUUAUUACGUUUGUAAAAACUAGCAAGGUUAUAAUUUCUUUUGUCAUUCAAAUCAAUUUUGUGUAACUUAUGUGAACUCUAUACUCAAAGUCUAACUCAAAUAGACCAGCAUGUUAUUUGUUGCCAGCUAAAAUGAUUAAUCGAAAAUUUGUAGUAUUAAUGACUAUUAUACAUAUUAUUACAAUAUAUGACGUUGAUAUACUUAUAACUAUUUAAAAUAUAGACUAACUACGACUUUGUAAAAUGUCUAUUAUAUAAUAUUUAAAUUUAAUAGUUUUUUCGUUAUGGUUCAAAACCAUUUCCGCGUUUGCCUAUAAUUUGUGAAUUAUGGUGUAAAAUGCGUUAAAUAUUUUUAUAGAAAACACCAAAUUACGCACAAAAUAUUGUAAGGCAAAUGACGAAAAUUUAUCAAAAUACAGAAUUUUUGUAAGUUAGAUUUUCUACUGCAUAUUUUUUUCACAAGCUGAUUCAAUAUAAUUAAAAUAUAGAAACAUGUAAUACAUUAAAAUAUAAUAAGCCAAAGUAGACUGGGAUAUACAACAAUCAUGGACACGGACCGGUAGUGUGUAGAGGUCCGAAGCAAAAUGACUUAAGUGGUUUUAAGGGUAUUAACGAGUGCCUUCAGAAAUCCAGCCUUCAAUGGAAUGCCGGAUUGUCGAUUGCGUUAGCAAUACAACAGCUAUGAUCGCACUUCACAUUCACUUUUUGUUGUAUAUCAGAUGCGUUUGACCUAUUUAUUAUGUUUAGAAUCAAAAUUUUGAUUAGAUUUAGUCACCAUUAUUAAAACAUAAGUUUUAAGAUAAAGCCUGCAUCACGUUUUGGGCUAAUCAUUUAGUAUAUCGCGACGAGAAGCGUUCAUUUAAAGUUCUAGAAAUGCACAUUAAAUAUCGAUGUCGAGGGCUUAAGGCACGUUGCAUUGGUCUGCACAACUUGUUUUCUUUCGCUAUUCCGUUUUGAAAGUUAAUGAAACGAUUAAAACAAAAUUUAUUUUUGUAUUGCAUAGUGCCUUUUGCUCAAUUAAUUAAAUUGUGUAUUAAAAUAAGAGUAACGUACGUGUUUUUAUAUAAGAAUUUCUGUAUAAACAAGUCAGACUAGCGCUUUUCGCAAGCCGGCUGCCGCCACGCGGCUUCAGUUCCUCUAUAGUCGAGCCCGCCGCGGAGCUCCAGCGAUACAUUGUCCAUCAUAAGUGUAACGAAUUUUUUCGGCAAUGUACGUUUGGAGCAACCUCGGAAUGUCUCGCACAACGUUGCCUCACACAGAGUUCCCUGCGGGUUUUACAAUAGCAAAAAUCGACUCAUUUUGAAUGCAACAGUACUUGUUUAUAUUGUGAUUUCCACUAUAAGGCAGAAUUUAUACCUCAUAAUUAUUAUUGACUGAUUAUAUAAUUUCCAGACGAUGUGUUCCUCGUGUGAUUUGUGUGCGUGUUUAAGUUCUUUUCAGGUGUGAGGGUAGCGUUGUGCUCUAUGCUCAAUUUAGAAACAAUUCACCAAACGAAUGAGAUAGUGUAUAAUUUUUAUAUUUAAUGAAAAACGAGUACCUAUUAAUAAUAAUUUUAAUAUUUAUAUUAAUAAAAAGUUA